AUGACCUCUUAUGGCCGCUACUACCGGCCCGCCCUGAAGAACAGCGUCGACGUCCAGCUACAAACGGCCUUCAGCGACGGCAACUGGUCGACUGUCGUUCGCCUGGCUGCUAAGCGCGCUCAGUCGCUGAAAGAUGCCUACUAUGAGGCUAUCCGAGCAUGUGCCGAGUCACAACUCGAAGGCCCGUCCGAGCGCAGCGCUGCAGUCCUCGCGCUCGAUGCUUUAGUCAGGAACCCAACGGCUGUGCCCGAUGUUGAGACGUUGGAUCUCUACGAGUGGGCGUGUAGGGAUGCUCAGCCAUCUCUCGCCUACUCCGAGACGCUUGGCGCUCUCCGUUCGCGCUGGGUCAAGGCAAAUCCCCGAAGCGUGCUUGGGAUCGAAUGUCUCAAGGCGUGCAUUCAGAACUGGGACCUCAUCAAUGCCCAGCAGAUAGCUGCUACUUUGGACAAGGCGUCUCCAAACACUAAUGAUCGUCGCUACAUGUUCUGGAACGUCACCCUCACAUACCUGCUCUCUAUUAGCGCGCAAUGUCCUGAGGGGAAGUCGAGGAUAUACGGCAUGCUGGCGACUAAGCUGGUGGAGAGGGCAGCCGAAGCUGCAGAGACCACUGGGGAGGGAAACACAUCCGACCGCUCACUCCGCGAGGAAGAGGAAAUCAUUCUCUUCUAUCAUAUAAUCGAAGCACAGGCGCCACCUGAGACUUUCCUCAAGUCCAUGCGAAGCUCUUCCAUCGGUGCUCUACGGCAAUUAGAGGAUGGGAGAAAGUACCUGUUCCUUCGCGGCCUGACUGCCUUUGCUAAGCGAGGCGAUUGGAACAUCAUCUAUGACUUCUGCUCUCAAGCAUUAGCAAGAACUGAUGCUGACGGAUCACCAUCAUUUCUUGCCGCUGACUGGCGGGUCUGGAAAAUCUUCGUCGAGGCAGCAAGUAAACAGCCAGACGAGCAGAGCGCGUUCAGAAAAGUUCAAGAAAUGUUGCAGAAACUUGUGUCCGUCAAGUCCAAAGUUGCUCAAAUGUAUGUCAAAAACAUCAGCCUGGCUUCCGUUGAGUUCGCCUUUCGGCUUCCGACAAACCUCCUACCCCUGAGUGGCAAGGACUUGCCUACUCCUCGUGUGCUCCAAAUCUGCUUCUUCCUUGAUCAACAUUACAAUAAGCUCUCAGUAUUUGAUGAUAUCAAAGACUACAUUGGACAAUUGAGCUUCGAUGAGACCAAAAGCCUCCUGGACGUCAUGAUUCCGAAGAUUUCUGAGAAGGAUGCACUAAGCCCUCUAUUCUUUGAUCGUCUGUCCAGCCUCUCUCCUGGGCUGUUUCACGGCGACCGGAGACCUUUAAUGGAGCCUCUACGCUCUUAUUACUCCUCCUCGCUUAAAGACAGAGCGCCCGUCAAGAUAUGGGAUGCCUUCGCCGCAGGGAGCUACAGUGCUAUAUUAGAUAUGGUCGAGUACAUGGACCGCCUGCGACGAAGUUGCACGUUGGUCAUGACGGCUGUCGAGGAGCGGCGCGCCACAAGAGCGAUCGGAGGGAAACUCGACAGUGGUAUAGAUGAACUGCCAAUGCUAUCUGAAGUAACCGAGCACGCAACGCUCGUCAACGUAACAGACUAUGGAUCACUACCAAACCUUGAAAGCUCCUUCGUCCCGCCCCUGGCCGACUUGGUGAGGAUUGGGCCAGAGCUUACGAAUGAGCGCUCGCAUUUGGCACUACUCACAGAACAAUACCUUGACGUGAUUGACCAUAAACCACCGAAAGACUACAAACCCUCCAAGGCAAACGACGCAGCUCUGAAAGACACAGCCGCAACUAUUGAGUCCAUGGCUCGCAUCCAACAGGCGAUGUCGGCCUUCCUACACGGCGAGGGCCUGAUGGCCAAGCUGACCGGCCCAGAGGAGACAUAUUAUUCAUCAGUCUCCCUACUGUCUGCCAUGCUCCUGACAGCGCUUACCACGGGGCGAUCUGCCGCUGUCCCUCCGAGCUUCGCUUUAUGUAGCUCAACGUUGAAAUCUACCAUCGAAGCUCUGCAAGCGGCAUGCGUCUCGAAAGGACUACCCUCCACAAGCAGACUCUCGACCUUUUACGCCUUGUCAAACCAUCAUACCUUGUCUGCGCUUAGGGACACCGCCUUAGCUAUAAAGCAUACCGUAGCGUUCAUGCAAGCGUUCAACGAGAGGGAGAGCGCGAGAGACAGGAGCGGCAAGUCUGGUUUGCACAAGGAGGUUGUGGCGGAGGCUCGCGUACUGGAUACUAUCGCAACAAGGUCGCUUGCAGAGGUCAGAAACCAUAUCAAGGCACUCAAAGAGGCCCUUGGCCAGGGUGGCUGGCUGGACCAGAUGACGGAGUGGACUUUGGGAACUGAAAGCGACGACGUUGAGGUCCAGGAACUGUGGAGUGCCGUUUCAGACAUCAUCGACACAUCCAUGCUAGAGGAUUGGGCUGGCCGAGCCGUUGAGAGCUGGAGAGAGGGCGUUAAGGGAUGGAGCACAGUGAAGCUGGAGUAG